CUUAUAUUGAGAAUUAUAUACACACAUUAGAUGUAAAUCAAAAGAUCAUUGACAAGAAGUUAAUGAUACAUAUGUAAUUAGUGCAAAAAAAUCAGAUGCCCAUUUUCCACAAGUUGGUAUGAUUCUUUAGGGUCUUCAUGAAAUAUCUGCAACAUACUUUGAUUAAAAUUCCUCAAUGGUCAUGUAAAACAACUCCCUUUUUACCUUGUCAAAAACAAUUUGUUCACAGCAACCUGUUUCGAUGCAUGGCUCUUUAAAUGAUAAUGAGCUAUUGCUCACCCCACCUCUCUAUUUUUUUGUGUAUUUGGUGGCACGUUACCAUCAAAAACAAAACUAAUCCACUGCGUUCUCAGGGACUCUUGGGAGAAAAUGAAGACUUGUAUUCACAUUUACGUCCAAAAAUGUCUACAAAACACGAGACAUUAUUGUCGCUAGAGCUGCUCGAGCACAGAGAAAAUGGCGGACAGCAUACAACUGGCUAAGGACGUAAAUAUGCUAAUAUGGUACAGUCUGUCAGCAGUCGUGGGUGGGGCCUGAGCAGUAUGAUGUCAUACUGUUCACAAAAUCAAAACAGCUUGAUUAUUGAGACUGUUUAGGCUUUGGGGGGAUUUUUAAAAAAAGGAGUAAAUGGAUUUUUAUCAUGGUUGUGUCCACACACUGCUAAGACAUUUAUAUGCAAACACCAUGUAACUGUGAAUUUUGCAUCUAAUGUCCCCUUUAAAUUAGUAACAUUUGAGUUAAAAUCCAAAUAGUCAAAAUAAUAAUGCAGUGUAAGUCUGAUUGGAUGAGCCAUAUUUGAACGCAUUGUAUGAUAGCCGAUAUACAGUAUGCACUGCAGUGAUACAUCAGAAUCUCUAAGAACUUUCUUUGCCGAUGUAACCUUAGUGGAGUGGCACAUUGAUCCUAAACUCAUAUUAUAAUCAAUGAAAGAUAUUUUUAAAAUCUCACUGGAGGUAUACCAUGGUAUACCAGAAUCCCUACCAAUUGAAACCAUUUCAUAAAAAGUACAUUCAUAUCAACCAGCACUAAAACAGUGAUGAACUGCAAAGCUUGGCAAAAGCUAAACUGCUAUCUCUGAUGGAGACAGUUAUGCUAUUUUGGGAAUUUUUGCUCUGUGUUAAAUACUAUUUCUUUUUAUUUAUCAUUUUCUGUGCUGAAAUGUUUUUCUAGCUUGCUUAGAAACAUAAUCCGAUGGGCUUCAGAAAGUUCACAGCAGGUUAGAGCUGGAGAUUAAAACAUUUUAACCAAUUUAAUUGUCAUUUAAAUAAACAUAAAAUGAUUCUAGAAUUAUUUGAAUGUGAAGUACAUUGUGCAGAUACUACAUUGUACACAGUGCAAGUACAUUGUGUUAUUUUAUAUGAAUAUUUGCCUCUUCAAUGCCAGGUAAAAUAGUCCAGUUUAGCCAUAAUGUAAUUGGCUCAUAAAUGCUCCCCUCCACCCCCCGCUCUUACUUUCAUAUGCUAAUAGGAACAAAAAGCCAUUGCAUAAUAUUUCUCUGACAGUGUAUUUCUUGAUGCAAGGAGACAUUUUAAAUUCCCAAGCUGCCUUUGGUCGUCUGCAAAGGGGUCAAUUCUCACAGUCCUCUGUGCGUCUGCUGUUUAGCAGGAUCGUGUUGCAUCUGCGUGGAGGUGUGAGGAGUCCUGAAUUCUGUGCAUUAUCAGACAGAGAACCUGAAUCAACCCGCUCCACAGCGGCAGCCUUCAUUCCCAUUCUCACAUUCUGAUGAUAAGCUGUGUAGUGACAUCCGUCAAGGGAUCUUGGACCCUCUCUGAGUAUGUACGCGUGUCUGAAUGCGUGUGCGUGAACACUGCGGACUCUCGUCUCAACGGGCGGCAGUUCUGAGAGAGACCGACACACUUGUGUCACCGAGUUGUCAGAUCCUCACAUAUGCAUUUACACACACUCUCAUUCGCAUGCGCACACACAAUGACACCAGAGACAUCACAAAGACCGUUGUCAGAGCAAUAGAUGGGUGAGAUAAUGUAGGUUGGGCAGCAGAAAGCACACCGGGGAGAGUCUAGUUCAAAUUGAGGACAGCAAACAAAUCAGAGCUGAGCCGAAUGCAUUACCACAGCUGGGGUUUGAGAGAUAUGAAGAGCGUCCCUCAGUUAAUAUGUAUGCCAUCCACCUGUUAUGUUUGAGGCAGGGUUUCCUGUUGUCCUACCUGAUGUACGGUGUAACCAGGGAUUUGUAACCCCUAGAUAGACUUGCUUCAACCCACCGGAUAAUUACAAGAAAGUGGCAAUCCUGCUCUCUGGGGAAGGACAGAUGGCUGCGGUAUCAGCAGAAUAUGGCUCUGACUGUCACACUGAACCAUGAUCCAAAACAAUAUUGCAUUCGCUUGUACAAACCUAUAAUGAAUUAGCUCGCAAAUACACGUCUCCAUGCUAAACAUUAGUCAUUUAGACAACAUUAUCACUUGGUCCAACGAAUCGGCUCGCAGAUAAAUAUAAUUACUGCAUCCUCAGUGAAUUUAUUAUGUGGUAUUUUUAUGUUCGCUGGCUUGGUGUGUCGUGAUUUUGAGGUUGCACACGGUAUAGCCAACAAAAUGAAUAUCUUUUGAGAGAAAGAAAGAGCGGGAGGAUGCGUCGGCCUGCUCGGUUGGAGUCGACUGUGGUCUGGUCAUGUGUGAACUGGACUGGAAACUGCUGUUUCUGAGUCACCCGCAUUACAUAACCUGCAGACAACUAACAUUUUGUUCAAAAAAUAUAGAUUCGGGGUGGUACCAGGGAUCCUGCAAGUGGUACUUGCUGUGAUGCUUAAAAUGUCUGUUUCAGUCAAAACACAUUCCUGCUGUGUAACAUCAGUGCUGAGCUGUAUUUAAUAUACUGUAAUUGUUUUUUUUUUACCGAAACCGCAGCGGAUAAUUCAUGACAAACUUAGAACAGGCUCUUGCAUUAUUGAUGCCAGGGCACUGCAGGAAUCGACAAAGGUCUGACUGAUCUGGUCAUUACAUCACAGUGCUGAGUUACAGUAAUGGACACAGCUUCAGUCCCCCGGGAGCAUCUCUUGACCUCUGUGAAGCUGAUUCGGGAGAUGCAGCUCGUCUGAUCUGGAAGCCCAGCCUGUAAGCAGAACAGUCAUGGGAUAAAACUCCUGCCUCUCGUGGCAUUUAAAGGCCUAAUAUUCCCUGUGUACCCCAGGACUGCCUUUCAUGCUGGGACUGAAUCUAUUAUCCUCAGAUUCGAGAUAUAUAGGGCUUUUCAUACCUGAAAUAGUUAACUCUGGGUCAUUGUAAACCCCAGGUAAACAUAAUACUGAGUUAUCCUUUUUUACAUGUCACACUUGCAAGGUUAACCAUUAAUCCUGGGUACCCUGUUGAAGAAACCAGCAUAUGCCGGAUAGGUAUGUUUUGAAGCAUGACAGCUGGUUUAAGCUGGUCCUUAGUUGGUCAUGAGCUGGUUUAAGCUGGUCCUGAGCUGGUCCUGAGAAGGAGCCUAGUUGCUUAGCAGGGGUGAUUGUAAGAUUUUCAUUUUAGGGGGGCUCAGCCCCCAUGAGGGUAUAAUUAAAAGAAAUACAAAUAAAUAAUUAAAUAAAUUAAAAUAUUUGACUAAUAGGGUAGGGUGGUAUACUAAAUUUAUUGCAGUAUUCCACUGUAUUGCAUAGAUGGGUAUAACAUUUGUGCCAAAUAAGCCAAAUACAAGUCCUCCUGAUUACACACACACCUGUUUACUGUACAAACAAAAUUUUACUGUUUGUAUUUCUAGUACAAACCUCUUUCUUUAGCUCAAGUAUACAAACCUCUUUGCCACAUGCACUUUAAUAUGUUUUAUUUUGAAAGUUACAUUUUCAAAUGAAUAUAGCAACAUAAUUUUUAAAGUAUGCUUUCAUAUGUGAUAAGGUAUUCAUUUUCACUGGAGGAAACAUCUGUGGUGUGAUGUGGGGUGGACGCAGCAAAAACUUUACAGUAGAUGGGAAACUGAUUGCUCCCCCAUGACACUUUGUAAACUGUAUUUAUGACAAAGAAAAGUUAAAGCAUAGAGGGGAUAGAGCCUUUGCGGUUGCUGGCCCUAGGCUGUGGAACAGCCUUCAAGCAAUAUCAGAUCGGCACAGUCUUUAACUGUUUUCAGAUCAUCUCUUAAAACCUAUUUAUUUUCUUUGGCUUUUAAUUCACUGUGAGUUUAUGGUAUGAAUCUGUGGGUUGUCCUGUGUUUUUAUGUCUUUAUCUGUUCAGCACUUUGGUCAGCCGUGCUUGCUGUUUUUUAAUGUGCUAUAUAAAUAAAGCAAACUUGAAACAAAGAACUGCACAGAUGCAGAUAUUAUAACAAUAUAUCAAUAAACACACCUUAAAGCCCCCCUAAAACUGCCCUAGUGAUGCCCAUGUUGCUUAGGACCAGCACAUGACCAGCUUAAACCAGCUCAAAAUGCUUCAAACCAUACUCUCUAAAAAUGCUGGGUUAUUUUUUAACCCAAAUGCUGGGUUCAGCAUGUUAGGUCAUUUUAUUGGGUUAUUUGUAAUAUUUUUGAACCAGGUGCUGGGUAGUUUUUCUGUAACUAAGUUGCUGGGUCAUUUUUAACGCUGGGUUAUUUUUUUCUACCCAACCACUGUGUUGAGCCUGUCUCUGACGAAACAACCCAGCAGCUGCUGAUCGCGGGCUUUUUGAUUCCACAGAAGACAACAGUUCUUAGCGCCGCCGCUGCUGAUUUGAUGCACUUCUUCAGUGAAGUAAAGCUAUGAUGGGGAGAAUGGGCCCUCUCCUGGCCGCAGCCCUAUGGAUUCGCAGGCGAGUCCUGGGCUGGUGCUCCAUCCCUCCUUCCCUCAGAGUCAGAGACGGGAAUCUUUCCUCUACCGCUCCGACUCCGACUACGACAUGUCCCCCAAGACCAUGUCACGAAACUCCUCCAUCAACAGCGAGGGUCAUGCUGAAGAUCUCAUAGUCACCCCUUUUGCUCAGGUGUUGGCUAGUCUACGAACUGUCAGAAGCAACUUCACAAUUCUCGCCAACGUCACGACUCCCACCAACAAGAGGUCACCAGUGACCAGCCAACCCACGGUUCCCCCAGCAACGCUCUCAGAUGAGACAUACCAGCAGCUGGCCCGGGAGACUCUGGAGGAGCUUGACUGGUGUUUGGACCAGCUGGAGACCAUUCAGACCCACCGCUCUGUUAGCGAAAUGGCAUCCAACAAGUUCAAGAGGAUGUUAAACAGGGAACUGUCUCAUCUGUCUGAGAUGAGCCGCUCGGGGAAUCAGGUGUCUGAAUACAUCUCCACUACCUUCCUAGACAAACAGAAUGAGGUGGAGAUCCCCUCUCCUACACUCCGGGAGCGAGAAAAACCAAUGUCUCACAUCAGCGGUGUCAAGAAGCUUACACAUAGCUCGAGCCUCACCAGUGCAGCCCUGCCCCGCUUCGGAGUCAAAACCGAGCAGGAGGACGCACUGGCCAGGGAGCUGAAUGACUUAAACAAGUGGGGCCUUAAUAUCUUCCGUGUGGCUGAGUACUCCAAUAACAGACCUCUAAGUUGCAUCAUGUUUGCUAUCUUCCAGGAAAGGGAUCUAUUAAAGACAUUUCGGAUCCCAGUGGACACGUUUAUCACUUAUGUGAUGACACUGGAAGACCACUACCAUGCCAACGUGGCCUAUCACAACAGCCUGCAUGCCGCUGAUGUCACACAGUCAACACAUGUGCUGCUCUCCACACCGGCACUGGACGCCGUUUUCACUGAUCUUGAAAUCCUGGCUGCGUUGUUUGCUGCUGCAAUUCAUGAUGUAGACCACCCUGGAGUUUCCAACCAGUUCCUCAUCAACACCAACUCAGAACUGGCAUUAAUGUACAACGAUGAAUCUGUACUGGAGAACCACCACCUGGCUGUAGGUUUCAAGCUUCUGCAUGAGGAGAACUGUGACAUCUUUCAGAACCUCACCAAACGGCAACGGCAGAGUCUGCGCAAGCUGGUCAUCGACAUGGUUCUAGCAACAGACAUGUCAAAGCAUAUGAGCUUGCUGGCAGAUCUAAAGACAAUGGUUGAGACCAAGAAAGUGACAAGUUCAGGUGUGCUGAUGCUAGACCAUUAUAAUGACCGAAUACAGGUCCUGAGGAACAUGGUGCACUGUGCUGACCUUAGUAACCCAACCAAGCCCCUGGCAGUGUACAGGCAGUGGACUGAGCGUAUUAUGGAGGAGUUCUUCCGGCAGGGCGAUAAAGAGCGAGAGCGUGGGAUGGAAAUCAGCCCCAUGUGUGACAAACACACUGCGUCCGUGGAAAAGAGUCAGGUGGGAUUUAUUGAUUAUAUUGUGCAUCCCCUGUGGGAGACCUGGGGGGACCUGGUCCACCCUGAUGCUCAGGAAAUUUUGGACACCCUUGAGGACAACCGGGACUGGUACCAAAGCACCAUUCCCCAGAGCCCAUCACCACCACCGGACGGGCCAGAUAAUGAGCUUGAAUCCUGCACGAACAAAUUCCAGUUUGAGCUCACCCUGGAGGGAGAACCAGGACAGGACGGCGAUCCCAGUCAUAACCACAUAGACAGCCAUGGUCAAGAGGCAAAGAAAGAAGAUGAGGAAGCAGAUGAAGCUGAGGAGGACGAGAUAGAGGAAAAAAUGGAGGACGGCGAGGAGGUCCUGGUCGAGAGGUCAGGACGGAGACGACUGCAGGUUCAGUCAGUAGUCGAGGAGGAAGACGAGAGACAGUCUGAUGAGAGCCCAGUGGAGGAGACGGAGGAGGAGGAGAAGUCAUCCUCUCCUACCGAUGACACGUAAUACUCGAGACUCAAGGAACAGCUGUCUGGCCCAAGGGGCUAAGUAAGGGCCAUCCUUCAAAAACUCUGUCCCUAUUCCGUUCACAUAGGACUCUUCUGUUUCUGCUAGCUAGACCAUGAACAGAAUAAGUCUUGUGUACCAAUCCAAUAAGACAUUUUAUUUUAUUUUUUAAAAAGGGAACAAAAUAAUAUUGAUAUCAGAGAAGUAUUUAACACAGCAACUGUAGAUUUCGAGUGCGAGCUGGGGUCCGUCCAGCAGCAGCGAGGGUGAGGUUUGAUGGAAAAACAGAAUUGCGGUGGGGUUUUUAAAGGGCCAUUAUGUCAGUGUAGCACGCUGGAAUUUCUACACAUACGCAUACACACAUUCACAGACAUACAUGAAUUUUAACCUAAAAUAACGAUACCACACAGUACAUGCAAACACACGGCUGUGUGUCUGUGUAUGUGUUCAGGGGGCUUGGAUCUGAAAGGAAUCUCUUUGGGAAAAAGCCAUCAUAAAAAGGAGCAUCAGUGUCAAUAAUCAGUUUUUAAAGCAUUCUAACAGGGACUUGAAUCCUCAGAAUUCACAUGCUGAGUGAAAUCUGAGAGACUCUUUUUCAGUUUCUGUCAUAGAGAGAACACAGUUGCAUCUGCCGGGAGAAAACAAGAUAACGUCUGCUGUCCAGAAGACUGUGGAGGGAUGAGUAUGUCGGAAAUGAUUUGUUAGUGGGUCCCACCCCCUCUUACCCUUUACCCAGGAGUGCUACCAGUGCAAGAUGGCCGUGUGCCUUUCUGAACCACCAGCUUCAACUCUGGAGCUGUUGUGAAGCAAUGCAUCGUGGGACAGGAGUGUCUGCUUUUGUCUUCAUUUUUGAUUGUCUCUUUCUCUUUUUAAGCAAUCUAUUUCCAUCCAAUAUGGUUAGUGCCAGCAUGGAGCAUUCGCAUUGUCUUUGUGAUAGUUCCUGCUCUCAUCUGUCAGUCUUCCUCGGUCGCUUUCAAGCCAACCGAGCAUUUAGGGCCUAUAUUAGAUCUAUCACCGUCACUGCUUACGGACUGCCCUCACUUUCCAUGUGAAUAAUUAAUGAUAGUCACUUUCUGAGGAUAAGCCAUGUGACGCUUUGAAACAUAUGUUUUGCCUUCUUUUUGUUUUGUUAUAUCCAUUCCUGCCAAAUUUGUAAAAGCAACAGUCUCCUCAAUUGCAGCACACAUUCGCACAGACUCUCUCACCUUCACCCACUCAUGCAUUCUCUACACCACAACACACUAAAUUAUGUUUUGCCAAAGGAAUGAGUGCUUAACUGAUAAGUUGGAGGAGCCUCGAUCAGUGGCUAGAACAGAGGAUGGGGAGAGAAGUUGAGGCAUAUCUGAGAGAGCAAGACAUUGGUGGUUAGAUGUUGGAAAGACAUGCAGCCAUAUUGAGUUUGAUGCUUUUUUUGCCUUAAUGUCAACUGCAGGGUUUCUACCUGUCAUUUUGUGGAAUAAUAAGAUGUUGGCAUUAGAUCCCAGAUUAUUUGUUUCAUGUUUUAUAUGCCUUGCUAAAUGUCUGCGAAUACACAAUAGCUCCAUCUGGAGGUGUAGGGUCAUUUUUCAGCAUGGCAAAGUGACUACAAUGGAGUACAGACAGAGAAAGCAGGUCAUACCAUUAAAGGAAACUGUUGCUCUAACGUAUUUCAUGUCCAGCAUUUUUUAGUGGUGUCUAUUUGACUUUUCACCAAUGUUUAAAGGGAGACAGAGAGAGAUGGAAUGAGAAUGAAUGAGAGUGAGUUCUCAGGUUGAUGUUAGACUUGCAAUAUUGCCUCUCUCAUCUCUCAGAAUUAUUAUUUUUUUGGUUUGGUUUUAGUUCAGUUGAAUGAACCAAUUGUUGCUAUAUUGUGGGACAGCGUUUGUGAGCAUCCCUCUUGAAAUAAGAUGGCAAGCUAGUUUCUGCUGGUCAGUAGCUUAGCUUUACACAAGCCUGUGCCUGCCAGAGCAGUAACUCGAGGUCAUACCAGUACGUAUGCGAUAACUGUACUUGUCCGUGACGGGAUUAGAGGAUGUCACGGUAUAAGUUUUCAUUUGGUGGACCACAGGAGGAAAGGCCGAGGUUACACGAUCGGUUUGUGCAAACUGAUGACAUUCCCAUAUACAUUUGCCUGUCUUUCCUUCAAAUUGCUUUGUUGUGUGGCUUUUCGUUAAUGUUGUGAGCACUACGCUAACAAAUAAUAUUUGCCAUUUUAACACGACACUGUAGCAAUUGUUUCUUAUUAAGAAAUUAUUCAAAUUAAUUCCUUGCUGCCAUUCUUUUUGGAUAUCAAAAGGAAAAACAAGUGUUUUCUUUGAACAGUUUGUGUACAGUUUUUAUUUUUGUAUCAUUCUGGUUUGAUGGUUUAAAAAUCAAAAAACUACUAUCUAAUAUAAAUAGUAGACGAAUCACUGCUUGUUUUGUAUAUACUGUAAUGUUGAAUUGUAAAUUUGAGAUCUCUCAGAAUCAAUCACUGUCACGAUGAAUCACUUUUAGUUGUACUGAACUGUAGUUGAAUUGUGGAAUUUCAUAAGCACCCUCCACCUUCCCCUUUCUUUCUCUUGUCAUCUCCCUGUCAUUCAUUUGGGGGAUUUUAGUCAACCUCCCACCACCUUUAAAUGUGAAUAUUUGAAUUGUAUUGGAAAACAAACUAAUCAUCCGUUGUUUCUAAAACUUGUCUUUACCAGCACUUUAUUUUUUCUGUAGGAAGUUGUUGUGAGAUGGCUGAUAUCAGGGGGAAUGGUAUAGCGUGUUGUAUAGCAUGGCGCAGGGUAAGCACUUUAAAUGGCUUGGUCCAAACGUCGUCUCUUUGGUCCUCAAUGCCAUUUUCUGCUAAAGCACUGAGCAACAUCAGCUACUCUGUGUCAAUAAUCUGCACUGUAAUGGCUUUUAAUAGGGUUUUUAAAUACUUCUGUGAGGUUAAUGACCAAGAGACAGUCAGAAAGAUGGCGUGGCUUAAUCAGAGAACAGUUUUUCUUUGUACUUUGAAGUCAUGCCUCAUGAGACUCUCCAAUGAAAUUAUUCUCUGGGCUUUAAAUAAUAUGUUACUUGUUCACAAGUUAUGGUAAUAAUAUAAAUGAAAAAGAAAACACAGGAAAAUGAUUGUAAUAUUUGUACAUUAUAUUGCUGUAAUGUGUAUAAUGUGUCCAAGUUAUUUUAUAUUAUAUUAUUUUUAUGAAAGGUUUUCCUCUGAGAGAACUAAGUUGUCAUUUUGUGAAUAAAAUGCAUUUAAUAAGCAAACAGCUAUAUAUAAAAAAGCAAAUAUAUAAAUAUAUACCAGUAUAUUUUUUCUUUCACUGUUCAGUACUGUAAAGUGUGUUGAAAAUACAAAUAAAGGACGAUUUUUCUAAU